AUGAUCAUUGUCCUGUUUGCCGUUCUUCUACUUGGUGCCUGUGAUGGCGCGAGCGGAACGUUCCUGUUCCUCCAUCUGAAAAACCUGGGCGCCAGCCAGACUGUCCUUGGUACUUACCUGUUCGUCAAAAAGGCGUCAGAGAUUCCGGCUUACGUUAUUUCCGGCUCUAUCAUAAGGAAGCUCGGACACGAAGUGGUGCUAGGUGUCGGGUUCGUAGUUUUCGGGCUCAGGUUCCUACUGUACUCGUUUGUAAGUAAUCCGUGGUGGGCAGUAGCAAUAGAUACACUCAACGGCUACCAAGCGGUCACGUGGGCAGCCACGACGUCAUACGCCAGCAUCUCUGCCCAGGAUGAACUACAGACAGUCGCUCAAGCGAUUGUAACGACAACUUUUUGCGCACUUGGGGACCCUUUGGGCGACCUGGUCGGCGGCCAAGUAUUCGACCGGUUUGGCGCCGUGGUGCUUUUCAGGGCCUUCGCCGUUUCCUGUCUGAUCGGAUUCAUCCUGUUCUACCUGCUGUACAUUUGUUUUGGGAGCAAAAAGAACUCAGGUGAGAACAUGCUGACGGACAGUGGCUAA